GUAGCACUCGGCGGUCUUGUACCGUCGUCGCAGUCGUUGUUCGACAGAUAUUGCGUCAAAUUUAAAGUCUGCCGAGCAGAGCAGUCACCUCAGAAAUUUCUCCUGCGAUGUUUUGUUUGCUUCGCUUGCACCGAUAGGUUAAUUGCAUCGAAGAACGCGGACUCGACGGGAAAGACGUCAAGCGACGCGAGUGAUUGUUUAGCAAGUGCAUGUGAAAUUAAGACGCGAUGGUGUGCUUUAAGGAUUACGUCUUUUUGCUUAGGAGAUCAUUCGUCUGCCCUUAGAAGGCAAUGAACAUACCAGAAACGACCACAAAGAAGUUGAAAUAUCCUCACGCAGAUAGCAGAAUCAAGUAUAAAACUGAUAUUAUCCUCAGACCCAAACUUAAAGAAGUCUUUACACCCAUUUACAAUACGACACCGGCUGACCGAUAUUGUAGCAAACAUUUAAACGAGUACAACAAACAAACUACAUCAGACAACCAACCUAAUCUUCAGUUUAAAGUUAAUGAAAGAAAUAUCUCAGGCUCCGACAAGAAGAUCGAAAUAGAAACAAGUUACUCAGAUUUCAAGAAGAAAUCUCAGCAGCUAGAUUAUCUAAAGAACAACCUAUGUAUCAAAUCGUGCUUGGGAAACAACAGGGAGAUAUUGAGGUUUCAGAUGAAGAAAGUGACAAUAAGAAACUACACUCCAAAAAUACUCAACCAAGAGAUAAAUAUGGGCAUGUGGAUAUGACCAGUAAGCUUCUGAGGUGAUACGAUAUUACAAUCUAGACUUCAGUUACCUGCAUGUGCCAAAUAGUUGUGAUUGCAUAACUCUAGCAUUAGGAGUUAUUUUAGGUUAAUUAUUUAUAAUUUACGAAAAUGUCAGCAUUAGCAGCAAUAGGACAAAUAGCAAGCUUGGCGAUUGGAGUAACAACCAAUCCGCUAACAAUAUUGGGGUUAGUUCCUGUUUUUGCUGCUGGCCUCACGUUUAUGAGGUAUCUUUCAAUGGACCCCGAAGUGCACCCGAGGAAUACUGUCAAUGUUCGACCAGAAUACGACUUCAUAGUGAUAGGAGGCGGUUCAGCUGGGGCGGUAGUAGCCUCCAGGCUAUCAGAGAUUUCCAACUGGACAGUUUUGCUGAUAGAAGCAGGAGGCGACGAGAAUGAAGUAUCGGAUAUUCCGACUCUGAGUGGUUACAUGCAAAUGUCCCACAUGGAUUGGAUGUAUCAGACAUCUCCGCCAGGGGAUUCCCCUUACUGUCUGGCUAUGCUUGGAGAUCGAUGCAAUUGGCCAAGGGGUAAAGUAUUAGGUGGUUCCAGUGUCUUAAACGCUAUGGUCUACGUCCGGGGUAACCGUCAGGACUACGAUUACUGGGAAGCCCAAGGCAAUCCGGGCUGGUCAUAUGAUAAUGUGCUGCCAUAUUUCUUAAAAUCGGAAGACAACAGAAAUCCUUACCUCUCUAAAACGCCAUACCAUCAAACGGGAGGUUAUUUAACAGUUCAAGAAUCCCCUUGGAGGACUCCUUUAUCUAUAGCUUUUCUACAAGCUGGAAGAGAAUUAGGUUACCAGAUUAGAGACAUUAACGGAGAGAUCCAGACUGGAUUUAUGCUGACGCAAGGUACCAUACGAAGAGGUUCAAGAUGUUCAACAGCCAAAGCAUUUCUCAGACCAGUACGAAACAGACCGAACCUUCACAUAGCGAUGCACGCACAAGUCACCAAAAUCAAAAUAAAUCCGAAGACCAAAGAAGCCUUUGCGGUGAGAAUGAUCCGUAACAAUAGACCUCAAACCAUCCGUGCCAGGAGAGAGAUAAUUUUAAGCGCGGGAGCAAUUGGCAGUCCUCAACUUCUGAUGCUAUCUGGUGUAGGUCCCAAGGAACAUUUGGAAUCAUUCAAGAUACCAGUUCUGAGUGAUUUGAAAGUUGGACACAAUCUACAAGACCAUGUAGGCUUGGGUGGGUUUACUUUUACAAUCGACGAUCCUAUCAGUUUUACCAAGAAACGUUACCAAACGUGGCAGGUUGCCUUGGAGUAUAUCAUGAAUGAGAAAGGCCCCAUGACAUCAAUUGGAGGAGUUGAAGGUCUGGCAUUUGUGAAUACAAAAUACGCGCCCAAAUCGGGGCUAUGGCCAGAUAUCCAAUUCCACUUUGCUCCAAGUAGUGUAAACUCAGAUCCAGAUCAAGUACGAAAAAUCACAGGAUUACGGGAUAGCGUUUAUAACACAGUCUACAAACCUCUCAGAGACACCGAUACCUGGACCAUUUUACCGCUUCUUCUUAGACCAAGAAGUACUGGAUGGAUACGGCUGAAAUCCAUAGACCCCAUGGUGUAUCCUGAUAUCAAUCCCAAUUAUUUCACUCAUAAGGAAGAUAUUGCUACUCUGACUGAAGGAAUAAGAAUUGCGUUGAAUGUUUCAGCUUCUCAAGCUUUCCAAAGGUUUAACUCCAAGCCACACAAAAUCCCUUUUCCUGGUUGUCGACAAUAUGCUUUUGACACCGACGAAUACUGGGAAUGUUCAAUUCGCCAUUUCACAUUCACCAUUUACCAUCCCACAUCAACGUGCAAGAUGGGACCAGCAACAGAUGCAGAUGCCGUUGUGGAUCCGAGAUUGAAGGUUUACGGAAUCGGAAGGCUAAGAGUUGUGGACGCUUCAAUUAUGCCCACAAUAGUUAGUGGAAAUACCAAUGCUCCUACCAUUAUGAUUGGAGAAAAGGCUUCCGAUAUGAUUAAAGAAGAUUGGGGUAUCGCUACGAGGUAGUAUUGCAGUGACCUUAAUAAGAGUUAGAAGAACUUAUAGAAAAGCUCUUCCACAGACAGGUCUUUCGCCAUAUGAUUGAGAUUUAUGACAUUAUAUUGAGAUACGAUUAAUAAUAUAUUAUGAGAUAUCAUAAUAGUCCGUUAUUUAACGGUAAAAUAUUGCAAAAUCUCUAAAUUUUAAAGAACCGCUUGGAUUGACAUGAAAUUUGGCAUACACAUAGCUAACAAGUCAAAGAAAAAAGUGAUAUUGUGCCGAUAUGUGCUUUUGACCUGGGGUGGUUUUCACCCCCUCUUGGGGGUGAAAAAAUAUUCGUCCAAAGAAAGUCAGGAAAUGGAUAAACUGGCUAAUUUUAAGUAACUUUUGUUCCAUAGAGUUUUUUCACUAAGUCAAUACUUUUCGAGUUAUUUGGCAGUGAAUAUGUUCAUUUUUUCAACAAAAUAACCACGCUUUUAGACGGUUUUUCGAAAAUAGCUUAAAUAGUAAGUAUUUUGUCGAAAAAAUGUUCUUAGCAAAAAUAUAGCCUGUAAAAUUUUUAAAAAAAUGGUGUAUAUAUCACGUCUCUACACCUAGUAGAAGCAGAGUUAUAGCUAAUUAAAAAUAGGUUCAUAUUCGUCAAAUUCCAAAUGGAAUACUUUAACGUGAAAUAACCAAAAAUGAAGCACAUUUCGGGGAAAACUCAUUACAACUUAUUUAAAGUGUUUAAAAAAAGCUUUAUUUUUGUUUUAUAAAAAAAAUUUCUAGCAUCAAAAUUAAACAAGUUACGCUCAAAAUAAAGUUAGUCCCUUUUGGUUUUGGUAAAAAAAUCGAGAAAAUCACCCCCUAAUUAGUAUCUUAAAUGAACUUAAUCGUUACGACUUCACAAGUUUCUUGACUCGUGUAUAUAUUGUUUAUAUGACCUGUAAGUUUCAUCGGUUCAAAGUCUUUAUUAUUGAAAGGGCUGUAGUUAAAAGGGGUUGAACGAGUCACUGAUCACGAAUGUAUGCAAAUUUAGAAACACCAAAUCUUAAUCAAUUUUUGUCUAACAGAAAAACAAAAAAAUACAUGAUAUUCAGAAAAGCAAAUCUGACUUUUUUUUUUGUUUUUCGAGAUUUUUGGUAUCUCUAACAAUUUUUAAGUUAUUUUGAAAAAAAGCAUAUUUUGAUAGCAUAUUUACUUUGAAACCAAAUUUUUUCAAAAAUAAGCACUUUGAAUCGAUGAAACUUACAGAUCAUAUAAACACAACAUAAGUAAAAUAAUUUGUGGAGCGGUAACGAUUAAUUUCAUUUAAGUUGCUAAUUGAAGACAUGAGAUGAUAAAGGUGCCAUGUCCACUUUUUCAGAUAUUGAGUAAUUGAAGGAAACGCGUUUUCACUUAUAUAUUUUUUUUAAUAAAUUUUAUAAAAAUUACCAAUAUCUUAUUAGAUUAGAAUCGUUUUGUACUUUUUUAUAUAAUAUUUUUUGUUUUUCUAGAAUUUAAACUUUUUUAGUAAUUUUAAUUUUAAUGGACAUAGCACCUUAAUCAACCAACAUUUUAUGCAGAUGUUGGUAUAAACUUGAGUAGAGAAAGGUGUUAUGUCACCUAUGUUGUAUUUAAAUUUUAAAAAAAUAAUAAAUAAUCUGGAAAUUAAAUUUUAUUUGCAGAUUAACAAAAUCAAAGUAAGAUACAUUAAAAAUUUAUAAACAAAGACACAGAAACAUUUAAAUUUAACAUGAAUUACGUUUUUUCUUAGGGUUUUUCAAACAUUCUUCUAAAACAAUAGCAUAAUACCAUUUAUACUCUGCUGGAAUAAACUUAAGUUGAUCUUGUAGAUUUGAAAUUUUUUCAGAAGUCAAACCACCGCAUUUAGGUAACUUUUGUAAAACAACUUGAUUACUUUGUACUAUCAGUUCUCUUUUUUUUUUUGUAAGUCAGUUUAAAUGGGGUAAACGGAUCUAAACUAGUUUUGUAAAAGUAUUUUCCAAAACAACUUACUCUUAGCCACUUCACUUUAUCUCGAAAAUUUAUUUUUUGGUCAAGACUAUUAGUGAGUCUUUUGUUUAAAUGAAGUUUUGCAGGUAGAGUUUCAAAGCAAUAAAAAAAAUGUUCCAUGUUAAGGCAUACACUUUGUUUGGUACUCGCAGAUCUAAUAAUUUCCCGAUAUUGGUCUGGUAUAUAAAUAUUCUGAUGUUUUCUAAGAACCUUUUCUAUUCUUCCAAAGUCUCUGUCAGAGUUAAGGUAACUGUGACCAACUUCGGGAAAUUUAUGGUCAAUGAUCUUAAAUAUUUUAUUUAAUAUUAGGUAUUGAAAAAGGUUAAUAAUGGAGAAGUUUUUGUUUUGUCCCCCACAUUGAUCUGACCAAAUUAUUAAAUGAUCAAUUUGGGGAUUUUCUUCUUUAAGAAGCAGACAAAAUCGUAGCAAACAACUUGGCUAUUUCAUUACUUCCCCUAUUGGCAAUAUCCUCAGUCCAUGUAAAAAAAUAGGACUUAUGACCAGAACUGGUUAAACAGUGGACUCCAAAGUUGUAUAGCCACAUUUGUCUUAAGUAAAAAGAUUUUGACGUUGAUAGCUUUGGCAAAGGCAUCGUUUGUUGACGAUCCAUUGUUAUGUAACAUUUUUCUUUGGAAAUUUUUACUGCUUCGCGGUCAACUUUCUGCUGCGCAAAAGCAAGUUGAAAAUUAUUCGAGUGCUCUAAAGAGUUCUCUCCAGCAUCGCAUAAACUGCAAGUAUCACUUUUUGGUACACCAAAAGAUAAGUUAAACUUUGUUUCAAAUAUAUGUCUGUAAAAAGAGGCCUUUACGAAAUAUUUAGUUUCGAGCUUUUUUGUUUGACAAUCCUCUAUAUACAGUUGAUGAAGUCGGUUAAUAUUUAGUAAAGGGGAAAGGUAUUUUUUAUGUGGGUUUUUAGUCCUAGAAUAAUGUGAUUCUUCUGAAGGAAACUGCUUGAUAUGAUUUUCAAUAUGAUUUUUGUGAUGCACUUGCUUAUGUGGUGAGGGCAUUACCUGGCCAGAUUUUAAGUCAUUUUGAGCUUUAAAGACUUUUUUUCGUCCAAUUCGGUAUAAAGAGCAGAAAGCAUCUUUACACACUAGUGUAUUUUCUUUAUCACACGUAAUAAAAUAUUUAAAGAUGUAAGCUUUCGUUUUUAUAUUUUUACGAGGGCGGUGACGAUUAACUUCCUGCAUCUUAAUACUUUUAAAAAUUAAAAUAUUUUUGGAAUUUGUAUCUAGCUUAUAAAAUUUUCUUAGAAUUUCUUCUCUGCUUGCAAUACUAAACUUCUCAGUACAGUUUAGUCUACAUUUUUCUUUACACAGUAAAUCUCUUUUAAUUGUUUUUUCUUCCAUCACUUUACCAGUCUUUUGAGAAAUAUAUUCUUUACCUUGUUGUCUUAACCUUGCAGCUUUAUUUCGUUUCCAAUUAUCAGGUUUCCGGACUCUUUUUUUAGUUAUUUUUAAAACUGGUUUAACAAUUUCUCUUCUACUUAUUUCAUCGGCAGUAACAUGGAAUUGCUGGUUAUGGUCUUCUAUACGUAUUUCCCGAGGUAUUUCCUCCUGCACUUCGUCAAUCCUAUCCGGGGUUUCCCUGCCGUUUGUCGGAACCUUAAAAAUAUCUUAGUUAUUUAUUAAAUUUAUACUUAUUUCUAAUUUCUAUUUUUAUUUCUUAAUCUUAACUUUUUUUAGCUUUACCUUUUUAAUUUCUUGGUUAUCAGAAAACAUUUUACGUUUGACUCUAUCAACAUCCGGAUAUUUGUUUAUGAGACUCGUCGAAUAAGAAAUAUUUGAGUUAUCAGAAUCCUCUUCUGAAUCUUCUUCACUGGAAGGGGAAUAUUCGCUGCCUGAUGUAACACUUUCAUCAGUACAAUUAUCCAUAUAGUCUAAAAAUUUAAUUUAGGUACAUAGGUAGGUAUGUAUGUAAUAAUAACUCAAGUAAUGUAUAUUAUACCUAUAUUUUUUUAAAUAAAAAAUUGAAUCGCAGAGGAAGUAAAUUGUUAUUAAAAAGAGAUGAUUAAUUAAUAAAGGUAGUAAAAAAUUUUUUAAUAUGCUUACCUGCUUUAGAGUUGACCUUCUUUUGAAGUCCACUAGUGCUUGGCUGCUCCAAAAUCACCGCAUUGGUAUUGACCUCUAGAGAAGUACAAAAUACAGUUUCUAUCUACAAAAAAAUUCUCUAUUCGGACUUACCUUUAUUUGAAACACAUAUUUUCUUGUUUUUUACUAAUUCUAACAUUCUUUUACUUCUCGAACCCAUGUUGAAAGAUGUGAUAAACAACAAACAUAACCUUAAAAUGUCACAUGGCACCUACCAUGUAAAUAAAACUUUCCCACUAUCUAGUGGAUAAAGGUGCUAUGUCCUUAAAUAUGGACAUAGCACCUUUAUCUAAUAAAAAAGGGUACUUAGUCAUAGGACAUAGUACCUUUAUCAAUUAAAAUAAUCCUUAUUAUUAACAAUUUAAGAAUCUUGAGUUAUUCAGGGGUUGUAUUACGACUUUAGGUAACCAAAUAUACAAAUAAGUCAUUUUUUGAAAAAAAUAGACAUAGCACCUUUAUCAACUCAUGUCUUUAAUUAGAGGGUGGUCUUCCCGAUUUUUUUUUUUUUAAACAAAAGGGACCAACUUUAUUUUGAGCGUAACUUGCUUAACUUUAAUGCUAGAAACUUUUUGUAAAAACAAUAAUAAAGAUUUUUUUAAACACUAUAAAAAAGUUAUAAUGGGUUUUCCCCAAAAAGUGCUUAAUUUUUUGGAUAUUGCACGUCGAAAUGUUCUAUUUGAAAUUUGGUGAAUAUGAAUCUAUUUUUCAAUGGCUAUAACUCCGGUUCUACGAGAUCCAGAGACCUAACGCGUACACCAUUUUUUUUUACUUUUUUAUAAGCUAUAUUUUUGCUAAGAACGUUUUUUUCGACAAAAUACUUACUUUUUGAGUUAUUUGCGAAAAAGCGUCUAAAAAUGUGGUUAUUUUGUUGAAAAAUGAACAUAUUCACUCGCAAAUAACUCGAAAAGUGUUGACUUGGCGAAAAAGCUCUACAGAACAACAGUUACUUAAAAUUAGUCAGUUUACCCAUUUCCGGACUUAUUUUGGACAUAUAUUUUUUCACCCAUAAGAGGGGGUGAAAGUCACCCCCAGGGCAAAAGCACACAUCGGCACAAUAUCACUUUUUUUCUUUGACAUGUAAGCUAUACGUAUGCCAAAUUUCAUGUCAAUCCAAGCGGUUCUUUAAAAUUUAGAGCAAAAACCGUGAAAGAAUGGACUAUAAGAUCUUUGUCAAAUAAUCGUCACUAUCAGAAAUGCAAUAUAUGUAAAUAUUGUCAAAGUUACCUUGUAGACAAACAAACUGGAAGAAAAUUUUUAAAAGAUUUUGAAAGAUUUCAUUGAUACGUCACUGUUACAAACGUAUUGGGUUCAUGAGAGAUGAGACAUACUGACAAUUUGCUUUUCUGAAGGGAGCAAAAUUUGUGUUACUGUUAUGACGAUGGCAUAUUUUUAAACAUGUUUACGGCCGGUUUCACAAAGUAAAGUUAACUUGUGGUUAAGAGGUUGCCCCAAAAUAUGCGUUUUAGUUUCAAGCUCAACGGCGAAGUUGUAGUUAAAUGACAGAAUUUUUAAGCAGAGGUUGGAGUGGGUUAUCAACAAUUAUGAAACUGAAAAGCAUAUUUUGGGGUAAAUUCUGGUUAUCUCUUAACCACAAGUUAACUUUACUUUGUGAAACCGGCCGUUAGUUUGAUAUUUGAUUUUCAUUUUUUUAAUCGAGUCUUUGAAAAUAAAAAAUUAAGCCUAUGGUGCGUAAAAGUGUUGUUACAGUAUAAAAAUGGUCCAUGGAAUUUAGAUUUUAGGUCUUCCUUUAUGGAAGACUUAAGAUCAAUAGCAGAACAAUAAAACAGAACGUAUUUUUCAUUUUCAAUAACAGUAACUAGUCAUUGAAAAUGACUUGUUUUUCAAAAUAUUAUUUUUUUAUGGUCUAUACAUUUUUAAACCCUUUUGAACUGGUUGUCAAAAUGGAUCUACCCAUAUUCCAUUCCGCUUUAGAUAUCUCCAACACAUUUGUAUGACUUAAAGGCUUAUUCUGACGACUAAAAUCAUUGUCUUUUAUCUUCGACAUUCGGGAACAAAAAAAUAAUAAUUUUUGAUGUAUGGCAGCUACUCUUCUUCCUCUUCUUCUUCUUCUUCUUCAGAUGCAAAUCCACUAGUGGAUGUUAGCGAUCACAUUUUCCAUUAAGUCUCUGUUUCUUGCAAUAUGCAUAUGAGAUUGUAUGUCGUUAAUCCCUGUCCAUUGCCUUAUGUUUCGGAAUAAGGGCAUUUUCUUACGUUCCAUUCCUCUCUUGCCUUGAAUUUUACCCUCGAUUAUAAGUUAGAGGAACUGGUAUUUUUUAUUUCGCAUGAUGUGACCCAGAUACGCCGUUUUCCUUUUCUUGAUGGUUUCGAAAAGUUGGCGUUCUAGGUUGAUACUUUUAAGGGCAUCUACAUUUGUGACUUUCGCCGUCCAUGGUAUCUUUAGGAUACGACAAUAAAGCCACAUUUCGAAGGCUUCUACUAAUCUAUUUAUAUCCCUCGUUUUUAGUGCCCAGCCCUGUACGCCAUAUAACAGCACCGACCAACAUAGCACUUAGCAAACCUUAGUCUCAGUUGAAGAUCGAACUCUAAACAGGUCAGUACCCUCCUGAAUUUUACGAAAGCUUGUCGAGCUUGCUCAAUGCGACAUUUUACUUCUCUAACCGAUGCCCAGUCUUCAAAUCGCCACGUUCUCAGGUGUUUAAAUUUGCUCACUCUUUUAAUGGACUUCGUAUUCAGUGUUAUGGUGGAGUUUUUAAGUGCAUCCAAGUUUCUGGAGAUGAUCAUGAAUUUGGUCAGCUACUCUUGGUUUUCCAAAAAAAAAAACAUGCAAUCACGUAUUUUGAAGUGCUUAAAACGUAAACAACUUUUUAUGCAUUUUUUUAACGUGAAACUCGCUUAAAGUCAACCUUAAUGGGUUAACACUAAAGUGGUGUAAGUCAUAUUUUUGAAAUGAUGUAAGCCUUGUUUUAUAAUCUUGAUAUUAUUUAGACCUCUUCAAAGAAAAAAUUGUGUAAGUUCUUCCUGUAUUAUUACUGUAAACACUUACACCACUUUUCCUGAUUUAUCUGAUGAAAAUUGGUCUAUUUAUCAAGGUUACAAAGCAAGACUUACAAUUUCACAAAUAUGACUUACACCACUUUGGCUUUAACACUCUCUGUUAGAUAACACAUGUUAUCUUAGAUAACAGUAUCAAAUAAAUUUUCUCAGGAACAUUGGAAAAAAUAUAAACACAUAUUAAUAAAUCGGAAGAGUAUUUCAUUCCUGAAUAAAUUUUCUCAAUUUGCUAAUUCAAUUUAUUCUUCUUAAGCGGUCGUGCAUAUCUGAGUAUGCUUCCACCGUACAUAGUCUUAUCAAGUGAGAUGUUAGAGAGUCAGGAUUAAAAUAUUCUGUUUUUAGCAGCAUUGUGAAGCAUUUAAUUGCUGUGGAUUCCUGUCCAUUGGCGAAUAUUACGCAGCCAUCACAUCUUCUUACGUCCUAGAACUCUCUUGCCCUCUAUCUUUCCUUCGAGUACCAAAUGCUGAAAAGUGUAUCGUUCUCUUCUUAAUAUGUGACCUAAGUAUGCAUUCAUCUUACUUUUUAUAUAAUCAAAAAGUUCCCUGUCCUGGAAGCUCAUCUUAAUACUUCCUCAUUUCUGACUACGCUUCGAUUCGGCGCAGGUAAUACAUUUCAAAGAUGUCCUCUGGAGCCGGCCUUAAACGACCAUUCAUCCAUUCGGUACAAGAGAACAGGCCAAACGUAACACUUUAGUAUCUUGUAUCUCAAGUUGAAGUCCAACUUGCGAUCAGUCAGAAUUUUAUGAAGCAUUAAAAAAACAUUUCUGGCUCGCUCUACUCUUAGUGCUGUCGCCAGGGGGUACAACGCCUCCUUUAUUCAGAUGGAUUUACCCAAGUUUUUUUUAUGUAUUUUGACCCGUAGAACACAAAUUUUUUGGGUAACAGUUGAUCCAGAUGUCGAUAAGAUUAUUAUAAACAAAGAACUUGAGGAAUUACACAACAGCGAUUUUUCGCAAAACAAAACAUUUUUUUUUGUAUUUUUUGGGCCAUUCUAAGCAAAAAAUGUUCCUACAAGUUUUUUCGUAGGAUGCACAGUUUUCGAGAUAAUAGCGGUUGAAUUUUCAAAAAAUCGAAAAAUUGCAAUUUAUUUUUGAACCCGAAUAACUUUUGAUUAAAAAAUAAACUAGCAGUUCUUCUUACCGUAUUUGAAAGUUCAAGUUAAAUUAUACCGGUUUUGAUUAUUUGAAUUGAUAAAAAUUAAUUUUUUUAUUGUCAAACAAAGCUAUAAACAAAUAGUGUUUCCCGUGCCCAAUGCAUGCGUUUUAAUGCAUGCUACGUAGAAAUUGACUGUUUGUGGGCCCGCCUACUCGUUUGAGUUUAAAUGAGAAAUGCAUUGAAACCAUCACUCAAGCACUAUGUGUUUAUAGCAUUGUUUAACAAUAAAAAAAUUAAUUUUUAGCAAUCCAAAUAAUCAAAACCGAUAUAAUUUGACUUGAACUUUCAAAUGUGGUAAGCAGAAUUGCUACUUUAUUUUUUAAUCAAAAAUUAUUCGGGUUCAAAAAUUGCAAUUUUUCGAUUUUUGAAAGUUCAACCGCGUUUAUCUCGAAAACUGUGCAUGCUACGAAAAAACUUGUAAAAACAUUUUUUGCUUAGAAUGACCCAAAAUAGACAAAAAAAAUGUUUUGUUUUGAGAAAAAUAGCUGUUGUGUCAUUCCUCAAGUUCUUUGUUUAUAACAAUCUAAUCGACAUCCGGAUCAACUGUUAGUCAAAAAAUUCGUGUUCUACGGGUCAAAAUACAUAAAAAACUUAAGUAAAUCCAUCUGAAUAUAGGAGACCGUUAUAUCCCCUGGCGACAGGACUAUCUGCUCUGUAUUUAUUUUUAUAUAAUUAUUUAUUAAUCUUAUGAAAAGCGCCAGUCUUUCAAAUUAAACUGCGCGUCAUAGAAAACGGGCACCCUAAAAAAUGGGUCAUUUUUGAUGUCGCGUAUCUCCUAAACCUGUUGUCCGAUUUAAAUGAUUUUUUGAAUAUGUUAUAGCCCUAUUCUUUGUCAAUAUCCCUCUAAUAAUAUUUUUGCUAAACAGGUAAAUUUUCAUUGUAUACCGGGUGUACGAAUCAAACUGUGUUUUUUCUCAAAGUUCGCAACACCCUGUGGAAUAUUCUAGCAUUUAUAAAAUACUGAAAUUAAAACCCAACUAUAGCCUUAGGUUUUCUUAACAUUGUGUUUUUUGAUUCAUUCGCUUAUAUUGGAUAAUACAAAAGUUAUGUACUUUAUAACAACUAGCCAUGUUCUUCAUCAGUACAGGGUGUUAUAAGUCUAGAGGGUUUUAGGGACUAAAUAAGUUCGACAAACUUUAAGGGGUAAUUCUGCAUUAAAAAUAAUGACAGUUUGCUUUAUAAUCAUAUAUCCGCAAAAGCUUCGUUUCCCAGAUAUGGGAUGUUAAAUUUUUUCUUACAAACUGAUGAUUUCUUUAUUGCUUUAAAACCGGUUGAGAUAUGAAAAUGAAAUUUGGUAGGUUUUAAGAGAUGGUUAUUGCGCAUUUUUUGACAUUCAACUAAGAAUUUUAUAUUCACUAUUGGAGUACUCUCUUGGAGGUACUCUCUACGCUACUUUACGGAGUAGAAGGGUGGACGUUAACAGCAGCAACUAUAAAGAAGUUAGCGGCUCUAGAAAUGUGGCUGUAUCGACGCAUACUGAGAAUACCUUGGACAGACAGAGUGACCAACACAGAGGUAUUGAGACGAAUGGGUAAAGAGGUGGAAUUGUUAACAACUGUUAAAAGGAGGAAAGCGUCAUACCUGGGCCAUGUAUUCCGUAGUGAUAAGUACAGUCUGCUACAGCUUAUCGUGGAAGGCAAGAUUGAAGGUAGAAGAGGUUUGGGCAGAAAGAAAAAUCCUGGCUGAGAAACUUGAGAGAAUGGUUUCAAAUACCAGAAGCUGCGAACAUAAUACACGCGGCACAAAACAGAGAAACCUAUCGUUUGAUGGUCGCCAACCUUCGGUAGAAGACUGCACAUAAAGAAGAAGAAUUGGAGCGCAUACGGGUAAUAUGACCGAUCAUAUUAUUCGUAUGCACGCCAAUGGUGACUAAAAAAUUCUUAAUAAUUCUUAAUUGUAUGUAAAAAAAAUGUUCAAAAAUUACGUCUUAAAACCCACCAAAUUUCAUUUGCAUAUCUCAACCGGUUUUAGGGCAAUAAAUAAAUCGUCAGUUUGUAAGAAAAAUUUCAACAUCCUGUAUGUCGGAAACGAACCAUUUGCGGACAUAUGUUUAUAAAGCAACCGGUCAUUAUGUUUUCAUGCAGAAUUGCCCCUUAAAGUUUGUCGUACUUCUUUAGAAACACCCUGUACUGAUAAAGAGCAUGCCUAGUUGUUAAAGUACAUAACUUUUGUAUUAUCCAACAUAAGCGAAUGAAUCAAAAAACAGAAUGUUAAGAAAACCUGAGGCUAUAGUUGGGUUUUAAUUUCAGUACAGUACAACCUGCCAUAUC